UCCUCCCCCCUCACUAACCCUGUAAAUAACCCCCUCUUCAAACUCUUUCUUUCCCCCCCCAUCCCAACCUCACCACCAAAAUGGGCCGUCCCACCUCCCCCCUCUCCGCCCACCUCCCCCCCCUAGUAAUGGGCACCGCAACCUUCAACACGCAAUACAACCACGACCCAUUCGCCCUCCCAACAACCGAACUAGUCCAACGGGCCUUGACCAAGGGGAUCCGAGCUUUCGACACCUCGCCCUACUACGGCCCAGCCGAGGAACUGCUCGGCCGGGCCCUGGCCAGCGACUUCGUUCGCACCCACUACCCCCGAAACACGUACCACAUCCUCACGAAGGUCGGGCGUCUGGCGUCCUCGUCCUUCGACUACUCGCCCGAAUGGGUGCGCCUCAGCGUCCGGCGCAGUCUCCGUCGGUUGCAUACCGAGUAUCUGGAUGUGGUGUACUGUCAUGACGUGGAGUUCGUGUCGCGCCAGGAGGUCCUUGAUGCGGUGAGGGAACUGCGGAAGAUCCGUGAUGAGGAGGGCACUCUUCGCUACGUCGGCAUCUCGGGGUAUCCGGUGGAUGUGCUGUGUGAGAUUGCGGAAUUGGUGCUCCGUGAGACCGGCGAGCCGCUCGAUGUCGUGCAGUCGUAUGCCAAUUUUACGCUGCAGAAUACUAGGUUGUUGAGCCAGGGAUUGCCCCGCUUGGUGGCUGCGGGGGUCGAUGUGGUCCCUAAUGCGUCGCCGCUGGGGAUGGGCUUGUUGCGUCGCGACGGCGUGCCGAUUGGCAGUAUGGGUGAUUUCCACCCCGCGCCGGAUGGUCUCCGCGAUGCGACCCGGAGGGCGGCGGAGUGGGUGGAUGAGCAGGGGGAGAAGAUCGAGGUCGUUGCGAUUCGGUUCGCGCUGGAGAGCUGGCUGCGCGAUGCGGAGAAGGUUGGGGUCAUGGGCCCGCCGCUUGCGCGCGCGGCCGAUGCGGACCCGGGCUUCCUCUCUGUGGCGAGUAUGGGCACCGGGGAGAGAUUGGGGGUCAGCGUGAUGGGGGUGAGCAAUUUCGGGGAGUUGGAUGAGACGCUGCGGGUCUGGCAUAGUAUUGUGGAUGGGCUGGAGACCGGGGCUGAGGAUGAGGGACUGCAGUCACCGUCAGUGCAAGCGUCGGCGAUCUUGACGCCCUCCGAAGGGGCCAUUACCGAUCGUGCCUGGUCUCGAGACCGUCGCAGCCGGAUCCAGUCUCUGGCGCAGCAUAUCCAGACCAUUCUGGGCCCAGAGUGGGUGGACUAUGUGUGGGCCAGCCCGUCUCCGGAUUUUGUCAAUUCGGUGCCUGCGGAUCGUCUGGCUGCGCUGGAGAAGGAAGUCUCACAGCCGGUGUCUUUGAUGACGCCGCCUUUGGAUGCAGUUGAUAGAACGAUACCCGAUGAUGCGUCUAAGGUUGCGCUGUGAACAACUGUUUUUCUAGGCUAUAUCAGUUAUGUUUAAUGUCAUACAUAUUCUUGGAUUGAUACAGCAGGGGUUGCGGAUGAUGGGUGGUAUGAUCUGGCAGGUUAAUGAUAUCGUUUGCUUCCUGUACAUGGUUAGGGUUACGGCCACUCUGGGCACGCAUCAAGAAUAGAUCUGCUUGCAAUUCGAACAUCGUCACCGA